AUGGGCAGGGCCCACGCCGACUACGCCGUCCUCGCCCCACCACCCGAGCACAGCAACACCAGGCGCCUCCGCCGCGUCCAGCUACUGAAACGGGUCCUCGACUGCCUCAUAUCCGCGCUGGCGCUCGCGGCAGCCGCUCUCGCUCUGCACGGCAUCGACUCGACAUCAAAGCUGCCGUUCAAGACCUUUGCGCCGCCGUCGCUCUCGUCCGCAAUCAUCUUCUUCGGCGGCCCGUCUCCGCCUCCUGUGCGCGGCUUCCUGCUGUGCACCGUCGGCGCGUGGCUCGUCGGCGCCGCCAUCACCACCGCCUCGCCGCUAUUUGGCCCGGACAACGACACGCGAGCCAUCCUGUCCGCGGCGACGUUGCUCUUCUACUUUGUGCGAACUCUCGGGUCCUCUCAGAAAAUGUCGGGCGAAUUCUUCGUGCCAACCUUUGGGCUCGCGUCGGCACUUCUCGCCGCGCAGGCCGCGCCGGUGACUGCGGGGCCUCUGCAGGCGCUCCGCUUCCUGGUAUCUCCGUGGCUUGCGGGGCACUGCGCGCUGUACGCCGCCGCCGCGGUGGCCUCGCGGCUCCGGCGGCAGGCGCGCGUGCGGCUGAAGCGGUGGGAGGUCCAGCUCGGCCUGCGGGCUGGCGGCGCGUUGGGCAGGGAGCGGGACCUACGCAGCAUCUUCGCGCGGUUCGACACGUCGGGCAACGGCUUUCUUGAGGCGGGCGAGCUCAAGUACGCGCUCAAGGCCGCGACCGGUCUCGAGCCCAGCCUUGAGGACUGCGAGACGCUCAUCUCGAUGAUUGACACCGACGGCGACCACGUCCUCGCCCUCCACGAGUUUGUGCAGCUGGUCACAGAGGAGGACCUGUCCGAGCGCGCCCUGUCCGAGGCGGCCAAGCGCGCCUUCUCCGGAGGGACGGGCUCGCUCUCUGGCGUCCCUGAGCCCACGCGAUCCCUCCCCAGUCGCGGCGCGGGCAUCGGCAGCAGCGCGCAGCUGCAGUGCGCCGCCGGUGCUGCGCUCGCGUUUGUGGCCCUGUGGCGAUUUGGCCGUUGGAGGCGGGGUCCCCGAGAGUCGGCCGACUUCAAGAGUGUAUGA